GACUCAGAACUGAAUAUAGCAGCGUACACACAUCGCUCUGAAACUGUUUUUAUUUUUUUUACGCUUCCAUUCCAUUACUUCAUGACUUGUACAUUUGUGUAAAUAGACCACGUCUAUUUUAUUUUUUUAAAAAUUUUAUAUAACAAGACAACAGCGAGAUGGAACUUAAUUCUCUUUUAAUUCUGCUGGAGGCUGCAGAGUACUUGGAGAGAAAAGACAGAGAGGCAGAACACGGUUAUGCGUCUGUUUUACCGUACAGUAGCGACUUUUCCAAAAAGAAAACGAAAGCCUCGUCAAUUUCCAGAAAAGCUCAGAACAACAGAUCGUCGCACAAUGAGCUGGAGAAACACAGACGUGCCAAACUACGGCUGUACUUGGAGCAGUUGAAGAAGCUGGUGCCUUUAGGUCCAGACAGCACGAGGCACACCACACUGAGCUUGCUGAAAAGGGCCAAGAUGCACAUCAAGAAGCUGGAGGAGCAGGACAGGAAGGCUUUAAACGUGAAGGAGCAGCUGCAGAGAGAGCACCGCUACCUCAAACGCCGCCUGGAGCAGCUUUCUGUGUCCGGAUCCGUAGAGCGCAUCCGCACUGACAGCAUGGGCUCCACCAUCUCCACCGACUCCGAGCAAGAGGUGGACAUCGAGGGUAUGGAGUUCACCCCCGUGGAGGCAGACAGCGUGGACAGCAUCAGUGACGGCGAGGAGGAGGAGGACCACUACAGCCUCCAGAGCAGCUCCAGUGACACCAGCUACACAGCCACACAUUCCCACAGACUGCAGCCACACCACUGUUAAGACACCACGCGGCCAUCCAUCUCGCAGCCAGCUCCCCCCCUCCACUGACCAUUUUGCAGUCGCCAACGCCGCCCACUACCUACAUUAGACCAGUCCACAACGGCGGUACACCCUGACCAUGAUCCUUCUUUUCCUGGCCCUGGCUCUCCAGGAAUCACAUGGGGCUGAAAUGCCACUCAAGCCUUCCUGACCCCCCUGACCACUGACCCUACCUCACCCUACUGUAUCCUGCCUGAACCCUCCCCCCCUGCCCUCCCACUGCCCUCACAACCCCUGCCUAGUGUUGCCGCAGGCUCAGAGAGAGCAGAGCAGAAUUUGUGGUUUUCAGUGGGGACUUCUGUGAUGCGGUGAAGAGCUUUGAUUUGUUAAUCAGGAUUUUGUAAAGUGUGUGUUUGUGUGUGUGUGUGUGUGUGUGUGCGUUUGUGUGCAAGAGAGAAAGACCAAGCGAAGGAGUUUAAGAGAGGUCAAAAACAAAAUAUAAGCUUCAUGUAAUCUCUAUGAGGCAAUAAGACGGACGAGGCUUUGCACUAAGUUUGUGGUGCAAAAGGUGAAGCACUUCUGUUCAUUCUGCAGUAUAUAACACAAACAAACAAACAAACAGUUACUUACAUCAUGAAGUAUCUUUCCUUUACACGGUAAGAUUUACAGGAGUAGCUUUUGCAGAUGUCCUGCACGCUCCUUUGAAACGUUUGACUGUUGAAAAAAGCGUUAAAGAUUAAAGGAAUAGUUUGACAUUAUGGGAAUUAUAUUUAUUCACUUUCAUGCAGAGAGAUGAGACGAUUGACACCACUUACAUAUCACUGAAGCUAGAGCUAGUAGCCGGUUAGCUUAGGGUAGAUUAAUACAAAAAGAGGCUAUAUAGAAAAGGGAAUGAGUUAGCCUGACUUCGUCCGAAGUUCAGAAAUAUGCUCACCGGGACCCAGAAAGCUCACUAAUUCACAUUUUAUAUCUUGUUUGUUUAAGCUGUAGACAAAAUGACAUAAACCCCCAUAAAACAACAACUUUAUAUGGAUUAAACAAGCUAGAUUUAACUUUGUUAAUGUACUGGGCUUCUGAGGUGCCGGUAUGCAGAUUUAUUUAACUUUUGGACUUUUUGGACUUUUCCCCCUCGUUUCCAGUCAUUACGCUAAGCUAAGCUAAGCUAACCGACUGCUGCCUGUAGCUCGUGUCGUUCUUCUCAUCUACUUCCCAAACUUCCCAAAAUGUAAAAAACUAUUCGUUAAAUCUUUCCAAUUUUUAGGACCGUGUCGAUUUGCAGCAGUGCUUCUGCAACUGCGCGACCCACAAUAGGACUUCCAACAGCUAAUUCUGUGUAUCUUUGUUACCAAAAUGUGGCCGAUUUUUGGCCUAAGACAAACUGAAAAGGUUACAGAGCUGUAGCAGAGAAGAAAGAAUGUAUAUAUGUACAGUUACAAACCCUCAUGUCUCCCUUUGGUUGGGUUGCCUAACCACUACUCCACACUACUGACCACUACACUAUACCACCCUAUGGUGUGGAUGGACUACUAUGUCAAAUAGAAAAAAGGAGUUGCCUCAGAACUAAAACUCUAUUCCUUAAAGAUUGAUUUGAAUCUUGUAUUUCCUCAGUAGCGAAUUGAUGUAGCAAUAAAUACAAGAGGCGGGUGCUUCCUCUGAGUGUUUAAAUGAUUCUGGUGGACCAUGAGGUGUCACGGGAGACUUUUUUCCUUUUACCUUUUUACCCUGUAGAUGGCAAGCGGGUGCUUACAGAGACCGGACCUGCAGAAAAAGGGGCAGUUCUCCUUUUUCUUUUUUCACUAAUGGAUCCUUCUCUGGGCCCGCAACGCCGUUUACCAAGAAUUCGCAUUUCUCUACAGCUCUGUUACUUAUUCAAGCAGUGUUCAUGUGUGUCUGGGUGUUUUUUUGUGUGUGUGUCCUGGUUAACAAGUCAAAGCUGUAAAUGUGGAGAAAAAAAUUGAAAGAAAAAAAAGGGCCAGCUCUAAUGAUUUGUUGUCUGUAGAGGUGUUCAUUUAGCUAACUUAGCUAACUAAUCACUUUCAGUUGAACUUUUCAUUUUCUAUAACAAGAAUAAUAAUCUUAUUUCCUCUCUGCUAUCUGUUGCUUAUUCUGAAGACCAGCAUAGAUUAAAUUUCUUCUUUGACGGAGGAGGCGCUUCUGUCGCUCUCUGACCAUUUAAUUAUCAUUAGGCCUCAGUCUUUGGCAGUCUUUAAAGCUUGGCGUCCAACACUUGCAAAAAUUAGGGCCAGUCCACCAUGGCAGGUCUGACCAAAAAAACAUAAAAAACUACAAAAACACUCAAAAGUAAACAAAAAAACUUGCAUUAAAAAGAAGCUACUUGUCACUAAAAGUGAUAUUAGCCAGUGUAGUCUAUAUUUCUUGUAUAAAAUUUUGUAUUAUAUUUUCCUAAAUGUUCUCUUGUAAUAAAAAGACAAAAAAGAGUAUGUAUAUCUAUCUAUACAUAUAUAUAUAUAUAUAUAUAAAUAUAUAAAUAUGAGAGACAGACAGACAUGAGGCCAGGCUUGUUGAAGGGAGAUUGGGGGCAGGGGAGCUGAUACACUGGCCCCUCUCCCUUGGGUGACUCUCCUGCUGUCAUUCUGUGCCUUGGUGAGCCUUCAUCCUCCUCCUCCUCCUCCUCUUCUUCCCACCACCAGCCUCUGGCCUACUCAGUCACC